GAGGCCGGGGGAGCGUGGAGCGGCGCUCAGAGGCAUCCGGGCAGAGCCGCGCAGAGGCCGGGGGAGCGUGGAGCGGCGCUCAGGCUUGUCCGGGCGGAGCCGCGCAGAGGCCGAGGGAUCGUGGAACGGCGCUCAGGCUCGUCCGUGCGGAGCCGCGCAGAGGCCGAGGGAGGCCGGAGCAUCCGACCGCGUGACCCGCCACGCGGGGCUUAUUGGCGCCGGAAGUGGAGUCUUUUCGGUAGCUCCGGUCAUCCGGUUGUUUUAACUGCUUUCCUCUGCAUCACUGAUCAGUUAGCCCCGGGAACAGCAACAUCGGGCACAGUGAGCAGGGUCUUUGGCUGGACUGAACCUGGUUGAACUGUUCACAGAACUUCUGCUCACUUGACCUUAAGGUAAGAACACUGGGAAUGGGCGAAAUUGAGAAGGCUACUACUGAGUUGUAAGUACUCAGGACUCUCUACAGGUUGUCAUUCUAAGGGACAUUAAAAAUGAGAAAUACAAUUUCAAUUGAGGAUGAAUACAUCCAAUUACUAAGGUCUUUGUUGGACACUAUGGGUGUCUCGGUCAAAACUCAAUCUUUCCGCCGUCUUUUUGCAACAAUUCGUAAUUGCUGUUACUGGUUUUCACCUGACUCUCAUAAUCAAUUGAUUUUGUCCAUCUGGGAAGAUGUGGGGGAAGACAUGAAACGGUUUCAUCAGCAGGGUAAUAUUAUUGAUAAGGAUGUAUGGACUGUAUAUAACUUGGUGAAAAUGGCUCUGCCAUCUUUUGUUAAUGAUAACGGAAAACAAGUCCGACGUGCAUCAGUGCUUGAAAAGGGUAGACAGGAGCCUGAGAUCUCUAAACUUUCAGUUUUGGAUAAAAAGGACGAUUUAGGUAAUAAAAGUUCUUCUAAAGAAGAACCAGAAGAGGAAGAAAUGCCUCUCUCUUCCUCUGCUCAGUCCUUGCAAGAGAAAAUGACCAAUCUUAAAGGUUUUAUUAAGGAAUGUAAUGAUCUUAUUGAUGAUAUGAAGAAAAAGGCUUCUGUUCCGCCUGUGCUCUCUACUGACAUACUUUUUCCACUGCCUCCUACUCUGCCGCCUCCAAAUUUACCUGAGGAACCUAAAUCACUAUGCUCUCACCCCUCCUCCGCAGAAUACCAGAGUAAACAAUUUUUUCCUAUCACACAGAAACGCCCUUCUGUUCCACGUUAUGAGUAUAAAAGUUUAGAAUCCACUCGGAUGGUUCAAACAAUUACUUUACCCAAUCCAAAAGAUUUAAAAAUUCUAAAUGAACCAGAUACUUUAUUUGAAGGGUCAUGUAAUUAUAAUCAGGAUUUGGAUCUCACCAUACCAGUUACUCGUACUACUGGCCAUGGAGGUGGCGACAUGGGCCAAGUUCAAUAUGUUGAGGUGGACCUUAAAUUUUUAAAAAGUUUAAAAGAGGCAGUAAUAACAUAUGGGCCUAAUGCUCCAUGUACUCAGGGGCUACUGUGGUCUUAUUGUGGGGACCGUUUCCUAACUCCUGGAGACUGGAAAACACUGGCUGAGAUGGCAUUGUCCCCAGCCCAAUAUUUACAAUUUGGCUCAUGUUGGAAAAAGGAGGCCGCCAGACGGAAUGAUAAUAACCCUGAUCUUUCUUAUGAUCAAAUAACAGGCACUGGAGAAUAUAGACGACAUGAAAGACAGCUUGAACUUACAGAUGAUGUUUAUAUUUUAAUUAGAGAUGUUUGCCUUCAUGCCUGGGCUCAGUUAGAUGACCCAGGAGAAGGAAAAUUUUUUACUAAAAUACUGCAAGGACCUAAUGAACCAUAUGCAGAAUUUCUUGUAAAACUCCAUGCUGCCGGAAAUAAUGAAUUUUGGCUCCUGGAUAAACAUAUCAAAUUCCAACAUGAUGUCCUGCACCAGUCAAUGUGCUCAGCAAUGUGGCACCAGCAAUGGGACAAUGAGGAUGUCAGCAUUAACACUAGAGGAACAGAGGAAUUAUCUCAUCCCUCCAAACCUCCAGAGACUACAACAGAACCAGAGUCCUCUCGCAAGGACAACAUGAAGGGGAAUAUCCCAGCUCUGCCAGGAAGUGAGAACGAUUGUGAUGACCUGACUGCCUUGGUCAGCAUGGCAGGGAUUGAAGGUCCAGAGGUAAAAGUCCACCUUCAGCAACUCUGA